UAGUUUAACUGAGCUGUCACGUGAUCUGUAACGCAGACUCUGUACCGGAGUAUAUGCGCUUUCGCUCUACUGGAAUAGUUCUCAUUUUCAUAAGCUCGGUUUGAAAAGGCGAAAUGGUUUACAUACUGACGAGAGGAGCUUUUGCUAAGUGUAGCCUAUUGUACAGUUUGUGUUUGAUCAGCGGAUUUCGAGGGCUUGCUGCGUUGUCGGAUCCACUGCCACCGCAGCGAAUUGCUGUAGUUGGAGGUGGAAUUGGAGGUACUGCAGCAGCUUAUUAUUUGCGCCAGCAGUUUGGCAAGCAUGUGCAAAUUGAUAUAUUUGAGAGAGACCAAGUAGGUGGACGGCUGGCUACAACAACCAUCCAAGGCCUUGAGUAUGAGAUUGGUGGCUCUGUCAUACAUCCUCGAAAUCUCCACAUGAAGGACUUUGCAAGACAACUUGGUUUACAGGAACGGGAUAGCUUGGUUGGUCUUGUAGGUAUUUAUGAUGGAGAGGCGUUCACAUUUGAGGAAAGCAGUUCAUUUUUAACUAACAUAUUCAGACUUUAUUGGCGUUAUGGAUUUAGCUUCAUACGCUUAAAGAUGUGGUUAGAGGAUGUCCUGGAUAAGUUCAUGAGAAUAUAUCGAUAUCAGGCUCAUGACCAUGCUUUCUCCACAGUGGAGAAUUUGCUUCAUGCUCUUGGAGGGGAGCAGUUCACCAGCAUGGCACAGAAGUCUCUUGCAGAAGUUCUCUUGAAAGCUGGAUAUUCUCAAAAGUUCAUCGAUGAGAUGGUAACUCCAGUGAUGAGGGUAAACUAUGGUCAGAACCAGGAUAUCGGUGCAUUUGUAGGUGCUGUUUCUCUGGCUGGAGCACAGCCCGACGUUUGGGCAGUCAAAGGUGGCAAUAGGCUUGUUUGCAAGGGCCUGAUUUAUGCUGCUAAUUCACAACUUACUGAAGGCCGAGUUACGUCUAUAGAAUAUCAGAACAGACCAUCAAGAGCAGGAGGUACUAUCUCCAUGUACAAACUGAAUUACGAGAAGCCCGAGUCAUCUUAUGGCCUGUAUGACAUUAUUGUUCUUGCAGCUCCUCUGCACAAGAACAUGGCAAACAUCAGUUUUCUUAACUUCUCUUCUCCCAUUGGUGACUUCAGCGGCAAAUACCAUCAGACUGUCACUACCCUAGUGCAUGGAUUGUUAAAUGUAUCUUUUUUUGGGUACAAAAAUCCAAAUGAGUUUACCUUGACUGAGAUUUUAACCACAGACAGCACCAAAAAUUUUAUCAAUAGUAUUGGUGCUUUAAGUCCAGUGAGUGCAUCUGGAGACUUCAAGGUUAACCUAAGUGAACCAACUGUGUGGAAGAUAUUUUCUCCUGAACAACUGACAGAGCAGCAGCUAAACUUGCUGUUUGUGUCCUACAGCAGUAAGUUUGAGAGAACUUGGUUGGCAUACCCUCACUAUGUUCCCAAAGAAUUAUUUCCUCCCAUAAUUCUUCAUGACAACAUGUACUACUUGAACUCCAUUGAAUGGGCAGCCAGUGCUAUGGAAAUGAGUGCAAUAGCCGCUAGAAAUAUCGCUCUUCUUGCCCGUCACCGUUGGUAUCAAAAGGCAGACCAGAUUGAUCAAGAGAAUUUAUAUGAAAAGUUGAAGGGUGAACUUUGAUUUCGGUUCUUUGUAGGUUUUGAUGAAAAGAAAUUCUACAAGCUGCAGUGAGGCACACUGUUAAAAGCAUGCACCGCUGACGCCAGUUGGAAGACCAUCAAAGAAGCUAGUAAACAACCUUGAUUGAGAUGCAACAAUAUUUGGAGUCUAAUAAAAUGUCUGUGUGUACAUGGCCACUGUGUCCUUAGAAUGACUGUAAAUUUGCCAUAUUUUGACUCCAUUUCCUUUAACAUUAAUCUCCAAGUAGGAAUGUAUACUAAUGUUUCAUAAAAAGAAGAAAAGAAAAAUAGAUAGUGGGUAUUAAUAUUUUUUUCUCCUAAAGUUUACAGUGACUUUUGUUACAAGACAUGUGACAUUUUAUCUUUGAAGAUAGGUAAGCCAGGAAAGAAUGGCUAUAGUUUUAAAAAGUUUUUUUUUUCUUUGCUGAAAUUAUCCCCUUCUGUAAUUUAAUUAUUUGUACUAAAAAGUGCAUGCAGUUCAGCAUGCAGAAAGCUGAUUCUAACUGCGGAUUAAAGUUUAGCCUUUAAAUUGGA